AUGCCUGACCGGUGCGUCGCUGCCAAUUGUGGUAACAUCAAGGACAAGGAGAGGAAUAUUUCAAUGCAUCGGUUUCCGUUUUACGGCGAUACAAGGCCAGAAGCACAGAAACGGCGUAAAAGAUGGGUCGACUGGGUUAAGCUGAAACGGGCAAAGUGGGAACCAUCAGUACAUUCCCAUUUAUGCUCGGUCCAUUUUAAACCAGAAGAGUUUAUGUUCCAGUUCGGCAAUGAGGUAGAUCUGAGCAACAAAUGGCUACAAAAGGACGAGCUCGGAGUAUGCGUAUUCCCCAGUAUACACAGUGGAGCGAAAGAAAAACCUAUAUCCGCGAGAGAUAAAAGAAUGGUGAGAUAAAUAAAUCCUUGUUGUCAUACUGAACUUAUUGUUGAUUUGUCGUUGAAGAAUGCGACAAAAAUUACCUUCGCUGUUUCUAAGCCUGUUAUAAAAUUGUCCUUGUAGGCAGUCAAAGCGGCAAUGUCAGGCCGCAGAGCUGGUUCUGAUACCAUCGAUGAACCAAGCAAGAAACGAGUGAGAGUAGCUGGAACUGCCACGGCCACGUGCAGCACAGCGUCGGCGGUGAAUCCUGCUUCCAGCACAAGAAGCCAACCAGAAGAAGCUGAACCUCCAGCGAUUGAGCAUUCAGUGACUGAAUCAGCUGAAGUUGAACUAAUAGAAUCUAGUUCUACUGGUGAAACGUCUACAGGUUCAAUCACCGAAAGUUCGAUUUCUGCUCGUUCAACCACUGAAGGCUCGACUUCCCACAAAACCGUAGAAGUUGAAACAGCUGCACCAUCACCAGGAAAGGAUGAACCAGCCGGGCCCAAAAGCAAGUGCAGCAACUGUUCUGUUCUUCAAAAUCAGAACAGAAUUUUGCAAAACAAGAUUCGAACGCUUCAAGGGCAUCUUUCUAGGCAGAAAAACGAAAACCGGAAGUACCGGAGAAGAAGCGGAAGUAAGUAAAGGUAGCAUAAGUUUUGUAACUAAAAUGAUAUCAUCUGAAUUGUAAAUAGAAAUGGUGCUGCAAAAAGACACAAGAAUGUAGUUUUUUACUAUUGCAAGUAAUCACUAAGUUUGGCCAUUCCAUGAAAAUACACACACAGGUUCGAGAAUGUAAUCCAACGAGGAGACACGUCACAAGGGAAGGUGCCAAAAAUUAGAGACUAUAGACAAGGCCAGAGAUUUUGAAUUCAGCUAAUUUUAGGUGCCAGGUAGCCAAGAAAAUGUUGUCAUAUUGAUACAAAGUAGCUCAAACCACUAAUGGUCAAGGUCCUUUAGCAUAUUUGACAUAGCAAUCCAUAAUUUAAAUGCAUGUGUGCACCAUUAUUUUUUGGUUUAGACACCAAGGAUGUUGCUGAGCCCAUAGCAUCAGCUAAUCAGGAGUCAGGCAAUCAGGAACGUGAUUGCAACGACAAAAGGAUGACAGCUGAAGAGGAGUUGGAGGACAUGGAAGAGGAUGAGGAGGAGGAAGAUGCCGAGGAGGAGGAAGUGUAUGAAACAGAGACAGACGAGACUGAAACCACUGAGACAGAGAGUGAUGAAGAUGAUGAUUCCAAAAAGUCCAAUAGGUAAGAACACAUUUUCUAUUCUAGUUCAAGCUUACAGUAAAUGCAAAACUUUUAUGUGUAAAGUACAUGUCAUUCAGUGCUUCUCUGCUGCACGAAUUGAAAUUCUGUGACACUGAGAUCUGAUUACUUUUUACUUACUCUAAAUACUUAGUAAUAUUUCAGAAUCCAGUGAACAAAAGGCAAAACAUCCUGGCAAAUGCAAAAAGGACCCUAGAAUUAGUUAGGGAUGCUGUGUAAGGGUACUGGUAAUUAAAAAAUAUAUUAACUUUUAUUGUCUGCCUUAAAGUACUGUAAUUAUUUAUAUAUUGCCUUUCAGAAACACUUCAAAGGGUAAUAUUUUCAAGGGUUUUGUAAGUUGCAAAGCUAUGGGGUAGUACAGGUUUUUUAUUACAUGAUUAUUUUUUUGCAGGUUGCCACUGAAGGGUUCAAACCUAAGAUCUGAACCAAAGCACAUUGUCUUCUUGACAAAAUUACUGCUGCUUUUUAGAUUUUGUACAAUCUGCAAAGCUGAUAACCCACUGGUUGAAGCCAGAGAAAAUGGUACAGAGGUCAUUAUUAAAACAACCUGCAUUAACCAAAAAUGUCAGAAAGAACAGACAUGGUACAGCCAGCCCUUGUUGCCCAACUCAAAGAUACCAGCCGGGAACUUUCUCCUUUGUAUGAGCACUCUGCUUUCAGGAGGAUCAGCCACCAAAGUGUUUCAAGUGUUUCGCCAUAUGGGACUUGGUUGUGUGUCUAUCAACACAUUCUUCAAAUAUCAAAGGGUAAGUCUUGUCUCAUUUGUAUUCUAUGAUAAUACCCCCAUUUUAUUGAUUCUGAGCCUUAUUUACAUUUUUCAGUUAAUUUUAUUAUUGUAAAAUGAUUGCUUGUAUUGCAGUCAGUAAAACUACGGAAAGGAAUUUUAGGCGAUAAACUGAUUGUGCAGGUCUGACAAAUACAUUUCCUUCUUGGAGUUGAAAUAACCGAAAUAAUUAGCCCUGGAUUUAUAUUUAUUUAAACUUAAGGGCUUUUUUUGCUGGGCAUAUUUGGAAGCCCCUUUCGAGAAUGGGUUAGACAUUACAAUAAAACUGUUUAAAACACUAAGAAAACAGUCUAAAACAGCUUACCAUUAUCAAUCCAUGGGCUCCUAUUAGUACGAGGAUAUUUAUGUUUGAGAGUUUGAGGGGGCUUAUUAUUGGGAUUUUAUGCUAUUACAGUAUACAAAGAAUGAAGUUUACUUUUUUAUCAUUUUAGAUCAAACUCUUCCCUUCAGUCUACCUGUACUGGCAAAGAUACCAAGCUCAGAUGCUUGCAAAACUAAAGGCCAUUCAAGAUGGCAUUAUUAUUGCAGGAGAUGGUCGCCAUGAUAGCAUGGAACACAGUGCAAAAUUUGGUGCCUAUACAAUCUUCUGCUGCACUGUUCCCAUGAUUAUUCAUUUUUCUCUGGUUCAGGUUAGAUAUAUUUUUUAUCAUUAUUACUUCUGAGUAAUGCACCUACAGUGUAGCUCCCUGCAAUGUCACUUAGAAAUACAUCAUACUUUAUAUAGAGUUCAUAAUGUAUGUACACUACUCUUUUAUUCCCAGAUGCACUCUUUUAACUUGCUAAUUGACCUUACCAAUAAUUUAACUUUCAUUGGAGACAUCAAACUGGUCUUUCCGUUUUAUUUAUAUCCAUCAUUUUUUUUUUUUAUAGAGGAAUGAGGCUGGAAAUAGUACAGGGAUGGAAUUUAUGGCAUUUCAACAUUGCAUGGACUUCUUGCUGGCUUAUGGCCUUCUGAUCACCACAUUCAUUUCAGACAGACGUACCACUAUAGCCAGCCACAUGAAAAACGUUCUUACAAGUAUUGUUCACUACUUCGACAUCUGGCAUCUAAAGAAGAGUAAGGAUAUACCAGUCUUCACUAUCAUUGUAGAUUGUAUUAUAUUUUUGUAAACUUCUUGUCUGUUCCAAACAUUACGCAUCAAUCAAUUCCAGCUGCAACCAUCCCCCCCCUCCCUCCUGGGUCAACUGUAGGGCAUUUGCACACACUGUCAAUCCUGGGGAUCGGGCAUUAGCCUAAACUAGUGCGAGAGGCCUGGAUACUGAGUGAUACAUUACCUGAUCAAUCCAAACCCUUAUGAAAGUUUUGUUUUUUCUCUUUGUCUUUCCACAGAAAUCCGCAAAGUACUAUCGAAGAUUGCAAAACUGAAAGACUGUGAAGCCCUAUCUGAGUGGAUAAAGCCAUGUGAAAGGCACCUCCACUGGAGUGCCACCUCUACCUUCAGUGGCAAUGGGAGAGUUAUUUUGGCAAAGUUUAAGGGAUUCCUUAAUCAUGUCAUCAAUAAGCAUUCUGGCUUCAGUGAUCCCCUGUUCAAUAAAUGCGCCCAUGGAAAUAUUGAACCACGGAAAUGGUUAAGAAGUGGUAUGUUCAUAGGUGAAGCCUUGUAAAAGUAAGGUUGUUGCUUUGCUGUUUUUCAGAUAAUCUGUUGGACAGGGGGGUUCGCCCAAGUGUUCAAUUUGAAGAUGAAUCUUUUGAAAAUAACCAAUAUUCUCAAUACUCCCCAGAGCCAACCCUUGCCUUAUGUAAUAAUUAUGGAAAAUCGUAUGGUGUAAAUAGCUCAAGGUAGUAAAAGAAUCGUCACAAAAAUGUACUACAGUACUCUAGUGGUAUGCUAGCCUUGUAAUUUGACACCAUGUUAGUUCCAUGUUAGUAGGUACUGAUUCUGAUCUCUCCAUUUCUUGAUUAAUAGGGACACUGGUGUACGAAAAAUUAUGUGAGGCACUCAGCAAUAAGGCCCUGGUAAGGGGAAUUAAACAAGCUUCUCCUCAUGCCCAAACAAGCUGUUUGGAAGGUUUUCACUCGGUCCUCAACCACUUUGCGCCAAAGAUGAUUGCUUACUCCUAUGUUGGCAUGUAUUGCAGGUACAAAUGGUUUAUGGUCUUUUUGUUCUUGUAUGAUGGUGAUAGCUCUUGCACAAUUUUAUUUUCUGGAAUUUGGUAUGGCUAUUACCAAAAAGCUCUUUUUUACAAUCAAGACUAAGGUUGGCAAAUUCACAUUAUUUUUGGUCAGAAAAAGGUUAAGGGUUCCCAGAAUUGCAUCCACAAGCCCCACCCAAAUUUUUAGGUGUAACGUAUUAUUCAUUUAAUCGUGGUUGUGCUUGUCUGUUCCCAUCUUGAUGUUGUAAAAUUGAUGUAUAUUGUAAUGUAACCUACGACUCAAAUAGGCAUUUACAUCCUAGGCACAUCUUGGCUGCAGUUCACUUCAACUUUAAUCUGCAUAGAGAGGUGAAACGUCGAGAGAAAGAUGGGGUUGAGAGGGUGAAAGUAUCUUACCCAAAGUUUAAGAAUGGUGAAGCUACUGUCAGAGAUGUGAGAGUCGAACCAAACUUUGGUAAGCAUUUGGAUGUCCAGAUGUGAACUUGAAAAUUUUUGUUUUGAAAAAUCUGAAAAAGUAUUAUUUUUACCGAGUUUUCUGUUUUUAUUUUAGGGUAUGUUGAGGAGAUCUUUCAGACGUAUAUGAAUGCGAGCAGAGAUGAAUUGAAGGAUGCAAAUACCAAGCUUUAUGAGAAGACCCCUGCUGCAAUGAACACCAUGCUCGAGAAGCAGCCUAGAGCAGAGGCUUUGCUGAAGAGGCAACAAAGGAGCAAAAUGGUGGUAACAGAUGUCCCUCCAACCACACCAGGUACUUUGCAUCACAUCACUGCUGUACACUCCACCAAUUGAUUAUAACUGUUUUCAUAGAUAAUCUAUGGCAAAAUCUCCUUAUCUGAACAUUUUUUUUUUAUUGUCAUCCCUUUACCAAUGUAUUAAAGUACUGCUAUGGGAAUUUGUAAUUUUAAGUCCCAUUUUUUUUUUUGCCUCACCAGUUUCUCAGGUCCCAGAAACCACUGGACAGCAGUCUCAAAGGAGAGAGAAAACCACCAGAAAAUGCCGGGAGUGCAAGCAGCCUCUGAAGGGCCACAAAAAUGUUGUGGAUUGUCCACGCAAUAGGAGACAAAAAUAG